UUCCACCGCCCGCCGCUUGGUGGCACCAAAGGCAGGCCUCUCCGUUCAACGCAGAAGAAAGCAAAGGAGGCGCGGCUGUUUGACGCGCAUGCGCCUUCUCCCCGGGAAAGAAGCAUGGGACGCUCCUCCUGGCAGCCCCUCGCUCGGAGCCCAGAAUGAGAGAGUGGUGGAUUCAAGUGGGGCUGCUGACCGUGCCGCUCAUUGCUGUCUACUUGCACAUCCCGCCCCCUAAGCUCUCGCCAGCGCUGAAUUCGUGGAAGUCGUCGGGACGCUUUUUCACCUACAAAACCCAGAAAAUCUUCUACAGAGAUUCUUCAGGUGCUGUUGGCAGUUCGGACAUCGUCGUCCUUCUGCAUGGCUUUCCAACCUCUAGUUAUGACUGGUAUAAGAUUUGGGAGGGGCUGACGCAGCGAUUUCACCGAGUGGUUGCUCUUGAUUUUGUCGGAUUUGGCUUCAGUGACAAACCCAGGCCCCAUCAGUAUUCCAUCUUUGAGCAAGCCAGCAUCGUGGAAGCGCUCUUGGAUCACCUGGGCCUCCUGAAUCAACGGAUCAACCUUCUGUCUCACGACUACGGGGACACCGUUGCGCAGGAGCUGCUCUACAGGUAUGAACACAAUAAAACAGGACACGUUCUCAUCAACAGCCUGUGUCUGUCAAAUGGAGGUAUUUUCCCAGAAACUCACCAUCCAAGAUUCAUCCAGAAGAUUCUCAAAGACGGUGGCUUUCUGGCACCCAUUAUUACCCGGCUGUCAAACUAUUUCUUCUUUACCAAAGGGCUUUCGGCAGUCUUUGGUCCAUACACUCAGCCUUCAGACGCCGAAUACUGGGACAUGUGGACAGCAGUUCGGACAAAUGAUGGCAACCUCGUGAUUGACAGCCUUUUACAGUACAUCAACCAAAGGAAGAAGCACAGGGACCGCUGGGUCGGAGCCUUGAAAUCCACGUCUGUUCCCUUGCAUCUGAUCUACGGACCGCUGGACCCUGUGAAUCCGCAUCCAGAGUUUCUACGGCUCUACAAAGAAUUGCUUCCGACGUCCACGGUCUCCGUCCUGGACGACCACAUCAGCCACUAUCCGCAGCUGGAGGACCCCCAGGGCUUCUUGAACGCUUACUUGAACUUCAUCAACUCUUUCUGAGACAGUAUUCCAUUUUCCAGAGACAUUUUGGGCGGUUUGUUUGGUUUUUUGGUGGGGUUUUGUUUGGUGUUUUUUUACAUUGGAUGAAUAGGGCUACAAUAUGAGGCAUGGGCCAACUUCGGCCCUCCCUCCAGGUGUUUUGGACUUCAACUCCCACAAUUCCUAGCAGCCGGUAGGCUGCUAGGAAUUGUGGGAGUUGAAGUCUAAAACACCUGGAGGGAGGGCCGAAGUUGGCCCAUGCCGGGCAUUUCUCGUUAAAACAUAUUUAGCUGAUUUUUCGUUGUCUAAAUGGAGAGGAUGGUGCUGAGAGAGAGCCUGAGCCAAAUAAUGUGUGCUCUCGUUUGCCUUUUUAAUACAUACUUCCCUUAAUAUUGCAUUAUAAUACAGAUGUACAGAUGGUUCUGUCUUUUUUCUUCCCUCAACUUAGUGGGUUUGUAUCCUCAGUGCUGGUUAUUUCGCUCCCAUUUGGUCUCGUCGCACCCAUUUUUAAAUAUAUAUAGUUCUGAGACUUGGGAGAAAAUAAGUCCUUGAACUGCAAACAUCUUUAUUGGACAACUAGCUGUGCCCGGCCACGCGUUGCUGUGGCGAAGUAUGGUGGUAUGGGAAAUAAAGUAUUGAGGAAUUGGUGGUAGUUAAGGUAAAGGGUCCCCUGGGCUGAGUGGAUUGCUAGGAGACCAAGUGAGUAUUUUAUAGGCAGUGUGGAAGAGGCCUAAGUGAGGCCUAACUCUGCCUGUCCCCUGGGCUGAGUGGGUUGCUAGGAGACCAAGUGAGUGAAGCUUAGCCUUCUAACUGGCAGCAAUUGGAUAAAAACAAUUAUUGCUCUACCUCUAAUUAGGACUUUAUUUUUCUUUUCUUUUUGUUGUAUCAACCUAGAGGCAUGGAUGAGGGGUUGUGCUGUCAAUUUUCGAGGUUCUGGGGUGUUUACUUUUGUUGUUUUGUCUGCUGCCGUGAUGCCAUCACUCUUUCUAUAUAUAUAAAAGAGUGAUGGCAUCACGGCGACCCACAAAACAACAAAACUACAGGCCCCGCAACCUCGAAAUUUAACAACACAACCUAUCAUCCACGCCUCUAGGUUGAUACAACAAAAAGAAAAGAAAAAUAAAGUCCUAAUUAGAGAGAGAGGAAUAAUUGCUUUUAUCCAAUUGCUGCCAGUUAGAAGGCUAAACUCCUCCAACUUGGUCUCCUAGCAACCCAAUAAAAAAUAAUAAAAAACACUAAAAAUUAAUACAAUAAAAUACUAUAAUAACAGAAACUAACUAAAAAUAAUACAAGAAAAUAAUAAAAUAUAAUAAAUAAAAAUAUAACUUAGAAUAAAAUUAAUAAAAAAAUGCAAAUAAAGUCAAAUAAAAAUGACACAACAAUUUUUAACCAAUACCACCACCACUUUGCCACAGCAACGCGUGGCCAGGCACAGCUAGUUAUAUAUAUAGAUAGUUUGAAGGAGAAGAUAUUCAGAGAUGCCUGAAUUUCCCUGGCAAAGCUUGGACUGCUUUAACCUUUCCAUAGAAGGAAGCUGUUUCUGGGAGAAAGAAACCAGCUCGCCCCAGUUGAGGGAUUCCAGACCUACUUUGUGUCUGUUUUUGCAUCUCAAGAACCUGGUGAGAUGCCAACCCUUAAGUCCAGGAGAGGAGACACUUCUUUAAUUCCGGCAUAAUUCAAUUGCACAGAACACAAAGUGCAACACAAGGCACAUCUUGUCUUUAAGGAUGUUCUGUGAGGGUCUGCAUCUGUGUUCUUGGCCGUCAAGCGGAGAACAACAAUGGAUAUUGUGUUGUGUUCAGGCUUAAGGAGCAGGCAGAUGUUUUGUGUCCACACAGGAGACAAGCCAGUGAGACAAAUGAGGGAUGUCUUGUUUUGAAAACAGGCUUUUCUGCUUUCAAAUGUGCAGGAUGCUAAAAUAUGCCAAAACACUGCCUUUUCCAUGAGAAAGGGCUACAAUGUGGUUCCUGGACUUUUGUUGUUGAUCCAGUUCAUCUCAACUGCAAGGAGACAUCUCAUCAGCCUAAUAAAAUACUUGGGGAGUACAUAUAUACUAAAUAGAAAAUGAUGUUCCAUGACACAAGACCACUAAAAACAAUAGUAUAUCAAUUACAAUGGUUUUGUAACCCAAUAAUAAAAGACAUGUACAGUGAAACAAAUCUGUUAUAUACACGAAGUCUUAUAACAAUAAUAGCCUUCUAGCAAGCAAAAUUUAUAGUCGGUCAAGCAACCCUAUAUGAUUUACAAGAGGCUUCUCUGAGGACACAGAGACCUUACUCUCUUGUGAGGAGAAGUUUGGAAGUUAGUAAAUCUCAAAAUUUAUACAGUAGAGUCUCACUUAUCCAAGCUAAAUGGGCCGGCAGAAGCUUGGAUACGCAAAUAUCUUGGAUAAUAAGGAGGGAUUAAGGAGAAGCCUAUUAAACAUCAAAUUAGGUUAUGAUUUUACAAAUUAAGCACCAAAACAUCAUGUUAUACAACAAAUUUGACAGAAAAAGUAGUUCAAUACGCAGUAAUGUUAUGUUGUAAUUACUGUAUUUACAAAUUUAGCACCAAAAUAUCACGAUAUAUUGAAAACAUUGACUACAAAAAUGGCUUGGAUAAACCAGAACCUUGGAUAAGCAAGUCUUGGGUAAGUGAGACUCUACUGUAAUUAUUUACUGGGACUGAUAUGUGGAGCUUCCACUUCCUGGAGGACGAUUUCCACGUAGAGGAUUUCCAAUUCCCAGACCAGUUUUGACUAUCAAAAGCCUUCCUCAAGUGGAAAAAUAUGAAUUUCACAGAAUUCAAUGGACAUCAAGUUCUCCAAAAUUAAAUAUCCCUCAGGUAGAAGUUGUGUAAAUACAAUGGUAUAGUGGACAUGAAGUUAUCCGACAGGUGCUCUGCAUUUGUUUGACUCCUUCACAAGCACAUACCAUUGUAAUUGAUAUACUCAUACUAUUGUUUUUAGUGGUCUUGUGUCGGUGUAUGUAUAUACACCAGAAGAUCUCUUUUACUUACAAGAAUAUUUAUAAUUUUGACAGGGGCAUAAAUAAACUCUAGCUGGAAUCUUAGAAGUAGGUUAUGCUCAGGGAAGAAAUGUGUCCAAAUAGGUUGUGUGACUGUCCUAGCACCAAAUUUAAAGCUAGUACUAAAAGGGACUGGAGAUCUUCUUCAGGUACAGAUACACCUUUGAUGGUGAAGCAUCUUUUUGCACCUGCCCAACUGUUUUCCACCUCACCUUUUGUCUAACUGGAAGAUUUUUAAUAGCAUGAACAUUAGGUGAAAGACAGUGAAAGAGGGCUGGAGAAACACAGACCUUUGGUUUCAGGUUGGAGCAGCAUCUCUGCAGUUGUUUUCUGGUGUAGAUGGGGGAACCUGCCUACAACAGGCUAGGUAAGCAGCUGUGGUUUCCACAACUAGGAAAUAUAUAUAUAUAUAUAUAUAUAUAUAUAUAUAUAUAUAUAUAUAUAUAAAAAAGGGUAAUGAAAUUUCGGCCUAGGACAAAACAACAAAACUACACAUCCCAGAAACACUAAACUUGGCAGCACAACCCCUCAUCCAUGCCUCUACGUUCAUACAACAAACAGCUCCAGCUACUCCAGAACGGUCCAACGGUCAGGCUUUGAGACUGCAAGGCUAUUCACUGCUAUUCCACCUGGCCAACAAAGGAUUCCCAUAAGCCACAGCAACGCGUGGCUGGGCAAAGCUAGUAAUUACUAAGAAAUAUACACACGGGGCCACAUGCAAGCUGUCCUCCUCUCUUUGCCUAUAGAAAGUAGCCAUGGACUUGGAAAACUUGGAAAACUGGGCAUUUCUUCCUGCACCGUUAGUAGAAUUAACUGUGGCAAGGAAUGCAGCCUCAAAUGUGUAUUUUGUGUUGUCGAAGGCUUUCAUGGCCGGGAUCACAGGGUUGUUGUAUGUUUUCCGGGCUGUAUGGCCAUGUUCUAGAAGUAUUCUCCAAAAUCAGAACAGUAAAUAAGAAAACAGAGGAGUUCCAGACAUGGGAACCAGGGGGCAGCUAACGACUCUGAACAAAGGAUGCCCCCAGGCUGGAAGAAGCCAGGAGAUGAAGCUAUUCGAUGCUAACUAAGGCGUUUAACUACAACAUUCACACCGGCCUCCAACUGACAGAGAGUUCUUCUCUCACCCUGGACUUUCCACAGAUAUAUAUAAACCUUCCUUGCUUAGUUUCUCCAUAUACCGCACAACCUCUGAGGAUGCCUGCCAUGGAUGUGGGCGAAACGUCAGGAGAGACUGCUUCUAGAACAUGGCCAGACAGCCCAAAAAACAUACAACAACCCUGUGUAUUUCGUGUUUUCUUAUUUAAAAGUGCCACUUACUUUAAUUAUUCCAUCUUCCAGUUCACUGGCUCGGCAGAAACACCAGAUGGUUAUGAAAAGGCAGACUCUCCAGCAUUGCCAUUGCUAUUAUUAGUUCUGGUUUGUUGUGUGUUGUCCAGGCUGUAUGGCCAUGUUCCAGAAGUAUUCUCUCCUGACGCUUCGCCCACAUCUCACAACCUCCGAGGAUGCCUGCCAUAGAUGUGGGCGAAAUGUCAGGAGAGAAUACUUCUGGAACAUGGCCAGACAGCCCGGAAACACACACAACAACCCUGUGAUUCCGGCCAUGAAAGCCUUCGACAACAUAUUAUUAAUCCUGAUAUAGAACAAAUAGAGCAGGAUUGUGGGUAGUGUAUGCAGCACAAUAAUAAUAAAAGGGGAAAUGCAAAACUUUGGGACCUAACAGGGCAUCUGAGCUCUGCUUUUUUAAGGUAUAUCUUGGCAAGGUUAUUGCAACCCAGUAAGUGGAAGCAGAGAAUUGCCUGACUAGAUCUCCUUAAGACUAAAGAAGGGGAUUCAUCAUGAGCAAGGCAGAGAUAAAAGUAGUACAGUGUUCCCUCACUACUUCGCGGUUCACUUUUCACGGAUUUGCUGUUUUGCGGUUUUUCAAUAAACUAUAAAAUAUUAUUAUAAAUCACAAAAAAAUUACAAUUUACAGUCUAAGGAAGGGAGGAAGGAGAAGCCAAAGGGAGAGAGAAGGAGCCCAAGCGGCAAUAGGAGGAGAAGGAGGUGAUUUAUCAACACGAUUGGUUGAUAAAGACUUAAAAUAGUGUAUAACUACUAAAAUAAUGUAUAAAUAUUCAAAUAAAUAUAGUGUCCCGACUCAGCGGAUUUUCACUUAUUGCGGGUGGUCCUGGAACCUAACCCCUGUAAUAAGUGAGGGAACACUGUAACAGUACCUGGUUUCUCCCCUUUCUUAUUCUCGAAAUCUUCCAUUCAAUGCUGGCAUCUAAAGUAGCUGUUUUUUGGCAAUAUAAUGUUGGAAAUUGUGUAGGCUACGGGUGUCAGAAGCCAACUCGUGCCCUUGUAACUGGAUGUGAAAUACAGCAGCACUGUUGAGGCAGCUAUUCAAUUA